GACGGCCAGUCUUCUCGCAGAUCGCAACCUGCGUGGGCAACAACCGAUCGUGAUCGAUCGCGUUCUCCACUCUGGACUAACGCUGUUGCAUGUCGUGCGAGUCCAAGAGCAUCGCGCGUCUACCACGAACAAUCUUCUAGUCAUCCGGGCAUACGUAGAGUAACGAGAUAUCGAUCGAACGCCUGUGACCGCGCGACGUAACACCGUUACUGUUCAGAGGAAAGUUUCGAUAAAGUGUAAACUCACCCCGUGCGCGCGCGACGGGCUUCAGGUUCUGCGGGAAACCAGGUUCGAUCUUAUCCGCGUUCAUCCACGUUCGCCCUGAUGCGAAUAGAAAUGACGAGGAGUCGGUGGGCCGUAUUCGGUGGCUUCACCUUGGUUUGCCUCGCCAAUUUGCGAUUAGCCAUCGGCGAGAAGGACAACGGCGACGAAGGGCACAACGAAGAAGUCAGGCAACACGUAUGCUGCGCCAGACACGAGAAGAUGAUCGACGUGGGAUACGGAAUAUCUGGGGAAAUUAUCCAAAUCGACGCCGGCCACUGUCGUAAAGUCUGUCCUCGACACGCGUUGGACGAUCCAGGAGAUGCUAGUCGCCCCUUGGUACAGAAAUGCAAUCUGGAAUCGCAUUGUCGACCGAGCGCGGCGAAAUUAGAAGGGGUGUCGACGAUCCAAGGGGUUCGCGGAAUCGAAGUGACCGAGGCCUGCGAGUGCACGCCGGAUUCGUCCUGCAAGCGAGAAACCUUCACGCAUUUGGUGCAUUCCGGUACCCCUCAUCAGGCCGUGAUGGACGUCGGAGUGUGCAUGGGUCGUUGCGGCAAAGAUCUUGGCUGCAAGCCGGUGAGGAACAGCACGAUCAGCAUCGCUGGACCGAACGGGGACGAGGUGUACCAGGUGAUCAAGAAGUGUGGCUGCGCGGAGACUUGCCAUAAGAUGGACCACAUGGAGACCGUUCUAGAUUACAGCGAAGUCGAAAUCAAAGACGGUACCAAUACUACGGACGUCAGGCCGGUCGUUUUGCACAUAAACGUCGGGAAAUGUGUCGGCACGUGUCCAGGAAACGAGAAGGAGAUGUGUCUUCUGAGAGACAAAAAAGAGCCGUCGAGAUGCCUGGCUGGCCUAUACUCGAAACAACGCAGUUGCACGCCGGCUAAGUUCAAAGUUCACGAGUACAGGACCCGUCGCGGUUUGAAAAGGGAAAUUAUUCAGAUCACCCAGUGUGCUUGUAACACCACGAUGGACGUUCGGUUUCUUCUCCUGGCGUCGUUCCUGUCGUGUUCCGUCGACGUGCGCGCACACCCUCGCUUCCCCGAGGACGACGACGCGAACCAGGAGGAUCUCCUGGAGGGAUCUUGGUUCUUGGACGAUCUGAACGAAGGCAGCGACCACGAUCCGAAAAUCGAGGCGUUGGAGAAACUUCAACAGGUACUCGGCAUUCGGAGCCACGGUGAGAAAACAGGACGUCGCAAGGUACCGCCGCAAUUUAUGAUCGAGCUGUACAACAACGUGGCUGAUCCCAGCGGUGUCACGCGGGGUAAAAAUCCGUACAACGCCAAGGUCGUCCGCAGCUUCAUCGAAAGAGACACUUCCAUGUCACGAUUUUACUUCUUCAAUAUCACGGGGCUGGAAGUGAACGAAUCGGUACUGGAAGCAGAGCUUCAUCUCUAUCGGAAGAGGACGCCUUUGAAAGCUAUGCACCCGUCUACUUUGGCUUCGCCUUAUUACUUGAUAAGAGUGUAUCAAGUGUUGGACGAGAAAAGUUUGGACGUUCCCGAUCUUCACAGGCUGUUGAACGUCAGAUACGUCGGGGCACACGCGUCCGGUUGGCAGGUCUUCAACGUGAAACAGGCUGUCCUCGGUUGGUUGAACGGCGACGUGAACCUCGGACUCCUAGUGACCGUCUCCACUCUGUUCGAGGAUCAAGUGAGCGUGGAGUUCUCCAGGCGGAGCGAGUAUCAUCAUAGUAAACAGCCGAUCUUGGUGCUCUUCGACGAUGACGGGAAGAUGCAUCAGGAUGAUAAGAACGCGGUCCCGAGGUAUUACACUUACGGUAACGACAACGAGAUAGAAGGAGAAGGGACCUACGACGCGGAGUACAAAAGCGGUGAGAAGACCGACGAAGGAAAAGGUCAACCGGAGGAAGCUCGAUGGGAGAACGGGGACUCGUCCGAGUUCUUUCAAAGACAGAAGCGAAAGGAGUCCGACAUCGCGACGGAAGAGACUGCAGGUCGACGUCGGCGGGAGACCGCUUCUACUUUCAGAAAACUGAGGGACAGUGAGAUCGCAUUGACGUCGAUGGACAUAUACAAACGAGCGGCGCGUCGCGAGCGAACGGGCGGAUGGGUUCGUCGGAGGUCGAUGUUACGCGAGAAACGGUCGACCAAGAGUCACGCAUCCGUUCAGCAGAACGUAACCGAGUGCUCGAGGCACGAGCUCUACGUAGACUUUAAGGAGAUCGGCCUGUCCUCCUCGAUCAUCGCUCCCGUCGGCUACUCCGCCUAUCAUUGCAAAGGUAUGUGCGAGUCGCCGUUGAGCCAGGAUCAACAGCCGACGAAUCACGCGACCAUCCAAGGAAUCGUUCACAAAAUGGGACUGGUGAAAGGGGUCGAGAGACCUUGCUGCGUGCCCACCAAACUCCUCGGCACGACCAUACUGUUCUUCGACGACAACGAGAACGUUGUUCUGAAGGUGUACCAGGACAUGAUCGCGGAUCGCUGUGGAUGUCGUUAAACGUCUGUACGUUUCAGGACCUGGAAAUUAUUCGUUCUACAUAAAGAAGUAGAAGUAGAACGAGCGAGGGACGGACCACGGAUUUGACGCGUUCAUACAAACCUCGAACGCGUCUCCGAAGUAUGAGGAGAGGAGAAAUAAUGGCAACGAUUAGAAAACGCAUUAGAGAAUCAUUCCUAAAUGCGCCCGAUCGAUCGACGUCCCAACAUUGUAUAUAAGAACAUUCCUAAAUUCGCGCAGCGAUGCGUAUCAAUGAUUAGCACGCGCCUGUAUCGUGUCCUGUAUCGUCAUUUAAAUUAUUAUUAUAAUCACACGUAGGAAUCUAGUAACCAUUGUAUAUACUACUGUAGAAGUUACGAUUAUUUAU